CGGACCGUACCGGCUCCCUCGCGCCGUGCCGCGUGACGUAGGCUCGCCGUCGGUUCAUGACGCCGCGUCCCUUUGUUGGCUCGGCGGCGGCGCCUGUGUUGUUGUUCCUCUGCGGCUGUAAGUCCGAAGCCCGCUCCUGUCAUCUUUCUCUGCUGUGUUUGUGUCUCUGUCCGUUUCUUUUAUAUUCGUGUCCGGCAAACGCUGAAACCUCACAUCAAACACUAGUUAUGGACUCGGACGAGGGUUACAAUUAUGAAUUCGACGAUGAGGAAGAGGAGUGUAGCGAAGACAGCAACGAAGAGGAGCCCGAAGACGACACCCUGGAGAUCGGGGACGUAGAGCUCGUCGACCCCGUCGUGGCCGGUGGUGAGCGAGACGAAUGCGGGGAGAAUGGGGGCAGCGGCCUGGGGCCCGGUCAGGACGAGGAGGACUACCGCUUCGAAGUACUGACGGCCGAACAGAUUCUGCAGCAUAUGGUGGAGUGUAUCCGGGAGGUCAACGAGGUCAUCCAGAACCCUGCGACUAUAACAAGAAUACUACUUAGCCAUUUCAACUGGGACAAGGAAAAGCUGAUGGAAAGGUAUUUUGAUGGAAAUCUGGAUAAGCUUUUCUCAGAAUGUCACGUUAUAAACCCUAGUAAGAAAUCUCGAGCACGUUUGAUGACCACGAGGUCUUCGGCACAAGAUAUGCCCUGUCAGAUCUGUUACCUGAACUAUCCAAAUUCAUACUUCACUGGACUGGAGUGCGGGCACAAGUUCUGCAUGCAGUGUUGGGGUGACUACUUGACAACCAAAAUCAUUGAGGAGGGAAUGGGACAGACAAUUUCCUGCCCUGCUCACAGCUGUGAUAUUCUGGUAGAUGACAACACAGUCAUGCGACUGAUAACAGAUUCGAAAGUGAAACUGAAGUAUCAACAUUUGAUCACUAAUAGUUUUGUAGAGUGCAAUCGACUGUUAAAAUGGUGUCCAGCGCCAGAUUGCCACCACGUCGUCAAAGUCCAGUACCCUGAUGCGAAACCCGUGAGAUGCAAAUGCGGCCGUCAGUUCUGCUUCAACUGUGGAGAGAAUUGGCACGAUCCUGUAAAGUGCAAGUGGCUGAGGAAAUGGAUCAAGAAGUGUGACGACGACAGUGAAACCUCGAACUGGAUCGCGGCAAACACAAAGGAAUGCCCGAAAUGCCACGUGACCAUCGAGAAGGACGGAGGCUGCAAUCACAUGGUCUGCCGCAACCAGAAUUGCAAAGCAGAGUUCUGCUGGGUCUGCCUGGGCCCCUGGGAGCCACACGGGUCUGCCUGGUACAACUGCAAUCGCUACAAUGAAGACGAUGCAAAGGCAGCGAGAGACGCCCAAGAGCGCUCCAGGGCCGCCUUGCAGCGCUACCUCUUCUACUGCAACCGCUACAUGAAUCACAUGCAGAGCCUGCGCUUCGAGCACAAGCUGUACGCACAGGUCAAGCAGAAGAUGGAGGAGAUGCAGCAGCAUAACAUGUCAUGGAUCGAGGUGCAGUUCCUGAAGAAGGCCGUGGAUGUCCUGUGCCAGUGCCGCUCCACGCUCAUGUUCACCUACGUCUUCGCGUUCUACCUCAAGAAGAACAAUCAGUCCAUCAUCUUUGAGAAUAAUCAAGCUGACCUGGAAAACGCCACAGAGGUCUUGUCUGGAUACCUGGAGAGGGAUAUUUCCCAAGAUUCUUUGCAGGAUAUCAAGCAGAAAGUACAGGAUAAAUACAGAUACUGUGAGAGCCGACGGAGAGUGUUGCUACAGCAUGUUCAUGAAGGCUAUGAGAAGGACCUCUGGGAGUACAUAGAGGAUUGAGGAUGAACUGAGCACCAUGAACUCCUUGGAAAUGAAUCUAGAGUGCUGAAUGCGAUUACAGUUGGCAGCACUGGCCUCUGCGUGCACCUCUGCUCUUCUAUCCAAUAAUGCAUCUUUUUCCCCCAUUUUUGUUUAUUCAAAGCAGAUUAUAUUGAAAUAAAAGGCAAAAUAUUAAAUAUAUUAACUGUACAACAGUAUUGCUAGCAGCAGAGUGGCGCGUGACCCCCCCCCCAUCCCCCAUCUCCCCCUUCCCUCCCCCUGGGCCUGUGUUGUAACUCCAUCCCUUAGAUCCACUUCUUUGUGGCUUUCGUUCUGUUGUUUUGACUUAUUUUCUGCAUCUUUGGGUGUAAAAUGGAGCCUGGAGACGCCGCUUUAAGCACCUUGGCCGCAGCCGCCGUGCUCCGGGGUGCCGAAUGUCCACGGGAUGAUUGUACGGGGUCGCACCUUUUGACGUGUGAAGCAAGCAGAUCUGUAUUUUUCAAUUUGUAAAUAAUGCAUAUGCAUGGAAGUUAAACAGCAAGCGUGGCACGUGUCUGCAUCAUUUUUAAAUUUAAAAAAAUAUUUAUUCUUUACAAAUAUUCAAAAGAUGUAUAUUUGCUGUGCAGUUUAAGUAUUUCUCCCUGCUUUUUGUUUUUUUUUUCUUUUCUUUUUUCUUUUUUUUUUUAAAUCUGGCGGAUGGGAGGUUGACUGAUCUCUAUCCCAGACUCCGAAUCCCAUCCUGUCCCCGUCCAUCUCCAUUAGCAGCUAGUUCUCCAGAGAGUGAGCUGUGUGUGUUUUUCCUUUUGGAGUUUCAGAUAUGCCAAAUAUGACCCACUAAAGGCUGCGCUUUACUGCAUUGAUAACGCCCACAGACGGGAGGCGCUCUGUAGGUGUCAUCUGCUCUGUUCUGCUCGCUUCUUUGUACAGCAGGUGGUUGUUACAGUAGAUGUUUGGUUAAACAUGGCCCCUAGUCCUUCAUGAGUGACCCUAAGUGAGCUUGCAUUAAGUAGCGCAUUCCUUCCCUGUCACUUACUCCUUAGUUCAUUUCCUGAACAAAUGUGUAAAGAUCGCACACUACCCAUAGUUUUUCAGAUUCCCUAUCGAGUGACAUUCACUCACCUAAGGGGAGGAGACCUCUUCUGCACAGGUUAGGAUGCACCUUGCCGUCCCGAAACGAGGCUGAAGCAGGGUGAAGAUGCUACUGCAAACUGUCCUGGCCAUGAUGUCAUUCUUUUUGUACGUUUUAUUUUCUUGCUAACCCUAACAAUGCUUUGAAUAAAAAGCCCAACGGCUUGGCACAAGUACGCUUCACAGUUUGGUCAGAAGAGCUCUCGAGUCUGAUUGCGGUUUCUGAAGUCCUAUAGAAAUGUUGUGGUAGAUCCUGUAAUGCUUUUGUAUUCCAUGUGAGCUGUGUUUACACAGGAAGGUACAAGAGGACACCCCCCCCCUCAGUGUGUGUGUGUGUGUGUGGGUUUGGGAGAGCCCUCCGAAGGGGUGUAGCUGUGCUCCGCUUGGGCUUGUCUUUGAACCGGCAGACGUGACAGAAAGCGGCACAGCAUUCUGGGAGGAAAACGUAAUGCUUAGUUCUGGUGGCACAGUUAAAGGAUGCCUCCUUUCACCAAAGCGUGAACCAUCUAUAGACUUUCUUUUGUUUCUAAGACAUUCUGGGAAGUGGGUUUGAACCCCGUUGCUUUCAUGUGUUAACAGUUCCUACAAACAAAAGACUGACUGUACUAUUUAAAUAAAUGUCAUUAAAAUAAAUCUUUUUA